GGGGCUCUAGGCGCAUGUCUCUGCGGGCCUCGCGUAGCGCGGGGUGGGCGAGGAGUAGGGCCUGGUCUUAGCUGGGGGCAGGCGAGCGGGCGGGCGCUGGGUUCUUUGGAUUGCGGACGUCGCGGGCAAAUAAAACACGCGGGCGGUUGCGCCGUCCCGGCCGCGUUCCUGCUGCUGGGGGGCGGGGAGCGCGAGGAGCGGAGCAGCUGCGGUGCCCCGCGGAGAUGGAGCCCAGCAGCGGGAGCCGUGACGCCAGGCCCGCCGCUACGCCGGUGGCGGCUGUGCUGCCGGCGGGCGGGAGCGGGGAGCGCCUGGGUGGCGCCACCCCCAAGCAGUUCUGCGCCGUGCAAGGGAGGCCGCUCGUCAGCUACACGGUGCGGGCGAUGGAGAGGAUAAGUUGGAUUUCUGACAUUAUUGUGGUGGUCUCUCCUGAAAAUAUCGGAACAAUGAAGUCUAUCAUUGAAAAAUAUGGCCACAAAAGAGUUACAGUAGUAGAAGGUGGAAUAACUCGUCACCGGUCAAUUUUCAAUGGCCUGAAAGUAUUUGCAGAGAAUGAAUUUUCCAACCAUCUGCUUCAGAAACCAGAAGUAGUGAUUAUCCAUGAUGCUGUGAGGCCAUUUGUUGAAGAAGAUAUUCUUUCAAAAGUGGUUAUGGCUGCUAAAGAACAUGGGGCAGCAGGAGCAAUUCGCCCUCUAGUUUCUACCGUUAUUGCAUCUGCUGCAAAUGGCUGCUUAGACCACUCAUUGGAACGUGCCAGGUACAGAGCGAGUGAAAUGCCUCAGGCUUUCUUGUUUGAUAUAAUCUAUGAAGCAUACCAACAGUGUACAGACUAUGACCUGGACUAUGGAACUGAAUGUUUGCAUCUGGCUCUGAAAUACUGUAAAACAAAUGCCAAACUUGUUGAAGGAACAGCUGAUCUCUGGAAGGUGACCUACAAGCGGGAUCUGUAUGCAGCUGAGUCAAUUAUUAAGGACAACCUAUCACAACAAGUUUGUGUUAUUACCAAUGUGAAGGAAGCUAUUGCACAAGUAGGUUUUCUCCUUCAUGAAUCUCUGAAAAGCCAAAUAAAAGUUGAAGCUAUAUCAAUAUCUCUAAGCAAAAAUGAUAGCCAUCUACAAAACAUCUUUUCAGGACAGUGCUACAAUUUUAUUUGCAUAAAUGAUAAAAAGUAUGCCAUUCAAGAAACACAGCAACUAGUGGAUAUGUUGGAAGAAUCAAAUAUUCCUCUUUUAUAUCCAGUUGUUCUUAUUUCGGUGCACUUGGAUACUUCUGAAAAUAUUUCUUUCAGCAUUGGGACAGAAGAACUAACUAGGAUCAAUAAAUUUGCAAGGGAAGUGAAAAAGAAAAAUAUCUUGGUUUAUGGUCUCCUUAUCCAAUAUAAGGGUUUUAGUGUGUCUACCUUGAAUGCAUGGGACCAUUUGCUGCUUCAGGACACAGUAAAUUCUGCUGCUGCUCUUAUCAUGGCGUUAAUAAAGGACAGAAACCCGGAGCUGACUGGCCAGCUGUUGGUAGCAUAAGACCAUAAAUCAUGUGUAGCUUUUGGAACUGUUUCUUUUUCAUCAUCCAUUCACCAAAGGUCUUGAAUCAUUUUACCCUUUGGUGAAAACUCUGGAUUUAUGACAUUUACUAUUAAGAUCUUUUAACAACAUAUUUUUGAUACCUAAAAUGCAAGUCUGAUAUUAUAUAUAAAGUGUAAAAUGAAAUACAAAUCAUUCUGAGAUACACUGAGUAUAUACUGUGAGGAAUGAUACUGAAACAUUUUUUGUGAGGUACUGAUCAUUUAAAAAGGUGCACAGACGACACCAAAGCAUUCAUGCAGAAUUGUCUUUAAACCCAUGUAUGUGUGUUGUAGUCUAGGACUGCAUGAAUUAAAUUUUAUUUAAGAUAAAAUAAUCCUAAAGCACAGCUCAUCUUCUUUAUAUGAAAUUAUUUAAAAAUUGCUGCUAUGCUUAUUAGUGAACGUAGAGUUCAUUACACAGUGUAGCCUUCAUGACAUCAACAGAAACGCACAUUGCAAGAAGCGUUUGAAGGGUCAGGUCCCCGUGCUCCAUGGAAUGAAGGUAACCUUGAAACAAAGAAAAGAUGUUCAUGGGGACAACAAGGUGCUAAACCCCAGUUUUCCAGACACGUUACACUCUGGCUGUAGCACUCGUAGCGCUACACCUCUUCAGUACCCAUUUGCCAUUAUUCCGAAAUAGCUCUAGUAGCUCCACUGAGUACUGUAUUACACAUGCUCUUUGUCUUUGCAUGUGUGUGUACAUAUAUGCAUGUAUGUGCAUACACAUGCUUAAAGGAAGAGAAAAGGGUUAAGACCAAUAAAAAUGUUUCACAACCCAGCCUGCAGGUAAUGGAGAAAUAGGAAGAUUCUGUUAGCUCAUCUACAAGAAUACAAUUUUCAUCUCUUGCUGGUUGCAUAUGUAUGUAUUAAAUAGCAGCGAAGAGAACUGAGUGUUACGAGCUCAAAUAUAUGCUACGUUGAUAUUCAAGUGUGGAAAGUUGGGACAGGAAGGUGCGAUGGUGAAUGGUUAUUACAUAGAAUAUCUCCAGGUAUCACAACCACUAAGAGCAAUACAAGAGGAGGACAGUCCCUGAAAACACCUGUCCCUCCCCAUGCAUCCGACUCAGGAUUUCCAGCUCUCCUGCAACUCUUGAAGGGGCUAGGUUGGUGUCUUACUUACCUGCCAUGCUUGGAAUAAGGUCUUAGAAAAGUAUCCCCACCAGAAGUGUCCAGUGAUUCCCCCAUUCAGUCUGUUCUGAGCGAGAGCACCGUCAGUUCAGCAAGUUUCCCUCUGAAACCAGCGCUCCUACCUUCACUCCCACCAUGUUCCACUCCCUCUGGUCCUCAGACAAAACUUAGGAUAGCAUGGUCUGCACUUGGUUCCCUUCCCCUUCACCUGACUGUCUCUAUCUCUGUUUUAAUCCCUUUUAGAAGCUGAUGUUGAUCUCAAACUUCCUUCAUUACAUGAUAAAAUAGUUGUUGGCGACUGUUCUGUAUCCAAAGCACACAUUUUCUUCCACACAGAAGUCAUCCUAAGACAACUAACAAAGUUCUCGUGCAUCACCUCUUCCUUCUCUGCUGCUCUGUCUUCUCUACUUUGAUUAAUAAUUUGUCCUUUUCUGACAUAAAGACAUACAUAAGAAUUCAUAUUAGCUCUGUGGAUGGCUAUACAAUGGGCAUAUUUUAUUCAUAUAUGUAUUCAUGCCUGUUCAUAUGCAGAGUACUCAAAAGAGGAACUAAAGAAUUUAUUAUUUGUAAUGUAACAGGACAGCUUUCACAAAUAAGUUUUCUGAAUUCGCUUUCACAUUAAUAAAUUUGAUGAAGGAAUUCAUCUCACAGACUUUUGAAAGACAUGAUGAAAGAUGUCUCUUUGACUGUGUUUUGUGAAUCUUCUUCACCUGAAGACUAAAGUACAAUCUGUGAUGUGUUUUCCCCAAAUAAUAAGCAAGUGAAUUUAAAAAAUCCUUCCUGUUUUCUAUCCACUCUAAUUUAUACAUUGUGAUACUGCCUUAGCACUGGUUUGUGUGUAACACCAUUUGCUUAAACAGAAUCUUUUACUUUGUAGGGUUGUUUUACUUACCUAAAACUCUCUCAAAAGGAUUUCAAUCCAAUUAAAAAUGUUACUGCAAUGAACUGCCGUAAUGAAAAAAAAUAUAUUAUGGUUGUUUAUAGACUUACUUUGAAAAAAGAACAGAGAACGCACAACAAAAAUUAAGUUUCAGCUCAUCAAACAUACAUUGUACUAAUCUUAAAUGGAAGAUAAUAAGCUUUAUUAAUGUACUGUUAAUCAUUGCAUUAUGGAUUUUUUUAUCUUUAACAAUAUUUUUAAAUAAUCUACAAACACUGAAAAACCUAUUUUGCUGGAAGCAAAUACACCAACAACAGAACUACUAAAACAGAUCACGAAAUACUAGAACUGCAGUUAAAAAAAAAAAAAACAACUGGACUGUGAUUAAUGCUAUUGUGUAUCCAAACCAAAUUUAAAUGGUCUUUUGGAUGACUGUUAAGACUA